UAGGUACCUUAGUUUUCGAGGCUUAACUUACUUACCGCCUGGAGUAAUUACUUAUCACCACCUGUAGGGAAUACGGACACAGACGUCGCCAUUCCAAGUACCUUACCUUCGCGCAUUCCGUCUCCAAUCUUUCCCCCGCCUCACUCACGUACGUCAUUUAUUUCAAUGCGAUGGCAGACAGUGUUCUGUUUGGGUAAUAGCAUGGUUGUGUUGCGUCUUGUGUCAUUUCCUGGGUCAUCGUCGUCACAAAUCGUGCAACUUUUUCUUUCCCAUCGCGUAUAGUUCUCGUCUGUCCCUGUCGCUCUUGUUACUCUGCUCCUCAUUGAGGUCCCGGUGAUUGCCCUCCAUCUUUGCAUCGCCAUGUCCCACCGACGGAUGCUCUCUGAGAAUUCCGUGGCGUCCUCUAUUUGCUCAGUUGUGCCAGGGUCAAGAAAGAAGGUCGCAAUUGUCGGUGGUGGGUGUGCUGGUAUUGCUGCCCUCUGGGCCCUGAACAAGAGUCACCAUGACGUUUACCUCUACGAGGCUUCUUCCAAACUUGGCGGUCACACCAACACCGUCAAGUGGAGAGUAGGCAAAUACGAAGUCAGCGUAGACGCCGGCUUGAUCGUUCUCAACUCGGCCACUUCCUCGAACUUCCUCAAUUUCCUUAAGAAAGCCAAGGUCGAAACGCAGACAUCUAAAAUCACAUUCAGCGUCUCCCAAGACUAUGGACUGUUCGAAUGGGCGAGCACAAGUUUGGAUGCCCUCUUCUGCCAGAGGCGCAACCUCUUCUCGCCAAGCAUGUGGAGGAUGAUCUUCGAUGUGAUCCGCUUCAAUCACUUCGCCGUCGAACUAUUACUAGCAGACGACCCCGUUGACGGUGGCAUUGUUGCCGCUAAUACUCUUGAGAAUAAACAUCAGGCCAACGGCAACCCUGGUCGGCCGAGUCAGAAAACCGCCCAGUGUGCAGAGACCAUUGGCGAAUAUCUCAGGAACGAAGGCUACUCUGAUACCUUCAAGAAUGAGUAUCUCAUUCCCCUGACGGCCGCCUUAUUGACCACGAGCCCAGACAAGCGGAUUCUUGACAUCCCUGCUGCGGCCGUGGUACGGCUCAUGUGGAACAACCAUCUUUUAUCCCUAAUAGGCAGCCGACCCGAAUCGCUCACCUUGAAGGAUUGCGGGAAGUCUUAUAUCGAAGCUGUCAUGAGAGGCUUCCCGCCGAACCACCUUUUUCUGAACACCCUCGUCACCCACGUCUCCAACACGGCUGAUGGCAAGGUCCGUGUUCAUCUUCCCAAUGGCCGCUCCGAGGUUUACGACCAUGUUAUUCUCGCGACCUCCGGCGACGAAGCCUAUCGAAUCAUUGACCCCGCAGCAACACCCGAGGAGAGAGAAAUCCUGGGCUCUUUCCAGUCGUCCGAGAGCACAGUCGUCCUGCAUUCUGACCCCGCACUUAUGCCAGUCACCCGCAAGGCUUGGUCGGGUUGGAACUACCUGUCGGUUUCGUCUCCUAUCAAAGCCAAGCCCGACCUCGGCAGAAGCUCGCUCACCUACAACUUGAACGAGUUGCAACAUAUCCCUCGUGAUCCCUUCGGCGAUGUCCUUGUCACCAUCAAUCCGGUCCGUCAGCCUCAUCCGAGCAAGACACAAGCUUGCUUUACCCAUCGCCGCCCUCUGUACACCUCCGAGGCCGUCCAUGCCCAAACCCAGCUGUACCGCAUUCAAAAUACCCGCGGCAUCAGCUACGCCGGCGCCUGGACCGAGUACGGCUUCGACGAGGAUGCAUUCAGCAGCGGCCUCAAGGUCGCACAGGACCACCUUGGCGCCCGCCUGCCUUUCCGCUUUGUCGAUUCCACCUACUGCCGUGGCAGCGCGCCAGUGCUUGGUAUCCCAGACCUCAUGUUACGGGUCGUCAUUCUUCUCAUUCAGGUUUUCGUGAUUCAAGUCCUGGAAAGAGUACUGGCUCUCGGGGAGGACAUGCUCAGCUCACGCUUUUAUCACAUCAAGAAACCCAUCCAAAACGGCAAGGUUGUGUGAACCAGCAAGUUUAUCUGGGGAGCGAAACUCUUGUGCUUCACGAAGGUUGUGACGGGUCGCGUGAUAUUCAGUUCUGGGACAAACUGUCGACUCGGAAAGAAAAUCACUUUUUUGACAUCGAAGCCAUACACCGACUGGGUGGUGCUGUUCGCCAAGGUACAGAAGAACUCAUAGCUCCGUCUAUUGGGGCUGAGAUUAGGCUUUUCUUUCCAACCUAGGGUCUCAAGCCUUGUAUGCAGUAGUUGGCCUUGGAUGUUUUCCUUCCAUGAAACGCCUCU